AUGAAGUUUGCUGGAACACUCGCAAUCUGCCUCGCCGGCGCGCCCUUGCUUGUGGCUGGCGCGCCGAUAACUGAACGUGCCACUAACGGUAUUGGCAAUAUCGGCAACAUUGCCGACAGCGCCGUCAAGUUGGCCACCAGCAUUUUCAGCCUCAACCCUGCCGACAUUGCCAAGAAUGCCGUCAACCUCGGCGGGAGCAUCACUCAAGCCGCUGUCGCUCUCGGUGAAGGCGUCGUCAACAACGCCGGUUCUUCUAGUAGUGGCGGCAAAGGUAAUGUCACCGAGACCAGCGAAAAGAAGGACAAGAGCGGCAGCGCAGGCGUCGAUGCAGGGGACCUUGUUGAGACGCUUACAAAGGCCCUCAAGGCCAUCACCCCCACCGAGGCCAGUGGCAGCAAAGAUGGCAAAAGCGACAGCAAAAAGGAAGACACGAGCGACAGCAAAGGCUCCGGCGCCAGUGACCUUGUUGGAACUAUUGAUAAAGCAGUCCAGGCUGUUGUCCCCAGCGGCGAGGGUGGCAAGGAAACCAAAGGCGACACGACAAGCGACGCUGCAGGUGCCAUUGAAAAGGCUGUCGGCGCGUUCAUCCCCGGCGCCAGCGGGGAGGGUAAAGGCGAAGAAGCUGCUUCGCCCGCCGCAUCGCUGGUCAAGCCGUUUCUCGGCGGUGGCGGCGAGGCCGGGGGCGACGGCCAAGGUCUCCUGUCUGAAUUCCCGACCGACAUUGUCAAGGGACUCUCCGACGGUGGGAUUGGUGAAGGGCUCACUGAAGGGCUCAGCGAAGGGCUUGGUAGCGUGACUGGUGGACUUGGUGGUCUCGGCUUCUGA